AUGUUCGUAAACAUUUACGUAUUACUUUUGGUGGUGGCGUUCUAUGGUCUUCUGUCCUCACCUGGAUCAACAAAGGGGGAGCGUUACUAUCAGUCUGGCGAUAUCACACUUGGAGCGCUGAUUACAUUACAUCAUACGGAAGAAAAUGGCGAAUGUGAUGAUUUUUUCCCCCCGGGACUUGGAGAAGUAGAAGCUAUGAAGUUCGCCAUAGACAAAAUCAACAGGAACCCUCGCCUGCUUCAUAACACGACUCUAGGAUAUGACAUACGGGACUAUUGUAGAAGCACUGUAAAAGUAAUGAGACACACCAACGAUUUCGUCCGAAAAAAUGAAAUGGCGUCCGAAUUAAAAAACGCCAGUUGCGUUUGUACAACUAUAGAUAACAAAACACAGAAUAAACCUACUCCAGUGACAGCUGUGAUUGGUCCAGCAGAUUCGGGGGCUGCGAUCUUUGCGGGGAGCCUUCUGCAAGUGGCUGAAAUCCCACUUAUCAGUCAUGCGGCCACAAGCGAUGAGUUGAGCUCUCCGCAGUACAGUUACUUUUUACGUACUGCUCCUCCCGAUAGAAAGCAAGCAAGGGCAAUGGCUGAUAUUAUAGAUUAUUUCCAUUGGAGCUAUGUAGCUGCAGUGGCAAUGGACGAUUCUUACGGUCGAAAUGGGGUUCGGAACUUGGAAGCUGAGGGAUCCAAAAGGCGAACAUUUUGUCUUUCUUUCACGGACUACAUACCCAGAAAAAACUACACCACAGAGCUAACAACAAUUGCGAAGAAGCUUGGACGCCACUCAAAUAUCCGUGUUGUGGUGCUUUGGCUAUUAAGUGAAUAUGGACGCCGAUUUCUUGAAGAAGCAGCAAAACAGAAAAUGUUUGACCGCACCUGGAUUUUCAGCGAUGGUUUGACGGCUGGAUGGGAGGAGUUAAUGAAAAUGGAAAACGAUCAAAGAGGAGUUUUCCAUGGGUCACUUGGUAUUGAUCUUCGACAUUUUGAUGUUCGACAUUUCAAAGAUUUCUUGAUCAAGGAAUCCAACCUAUCCUUGAAAGAGGAAAGUACCUCAGCUCCUUGGUGGAAGGAGUUUUGGAGACAAAAAGGUCAUUCAUCUUCCAAUGAAAUAGUAAUCCGUUCGCUAUAUAACUCCUACAUUCCCUAUUUGGUAGAUGCGGUUUUUGCUAUUGCCCAUGCCAUUGACAACAUGAGUGGAAUCCAUCCUACAGUUAAUCCGAAGAAACUCGAGAAGUAUCUUCGACAAGUCGCCUUUAAAGGAGAAACUGGGGAAAUCCAAUUUGAUCAGUUUGGAGAUCCUAAAACAUCGUCUUAUGAUGUUGUAAAUUUUCAGGGAAACGCAAAAUCCGAUUUAAUAAAAUUAGUCAUCGGAUCGUGGGAUAAUAGUCGAGAGAAAAUUCAGAUAAACGUUUCCGGCAUUAAGUGGAAUGCUGCAGCAGGCCACAAAAUUGCUCCGAAGUCAUUCUGCCACAGAGAUUGCCUUGCUGGUGAAUAUCAGUUACCAACGACCUCUUGCUGUUGGACUUGCAAGAAAUGUCCGGAUGGAACCGUUAGCGCUGGAGUAAAUGAUAUGAACUGCACCGUGUGUCCCCGGGGACAAAAGCCAAAUGAUCAACGGUCAAAAUGCUUGGAUCUUCCUGAAGUUAAAGUCAUGUGGUCAAGCCCCGUGUCUGUCGUUAUCGUAGUGUUUGUCACAUUUGGAUUCGUUCUCCUUGCCAUCUGCAGUUUCAUUCUUUUCAAAUUACGGAACACUCCCCUUGUAAAGUCAGCGAAUCGAGAGUUAAGUGCUAUUCUUCUUUUGACUAUCGCAAUGGCCUUUUCUUCCUCCGUUUUAACCCUCAGCAAGCCUACAAGCUUUAUGUGCAGUUUGCUUCACUGCUGGAGGCCCAUGGUCCUUGUAACAAUCAUCUCCAUACUGAUAAUAAAGACCAUGAAGAUACUCAGUGCAUUCCAAAUAAACGUCAUGGCCGAGAGAUUCAAAAAAUGUAUUCUUGUAACAAAGAAACAAACGUUUAUCGUACUGGUACUAAUCUUUCCAGCAGCUGUAUUCUCUUUGCUAUGGAUUAUCUUGGACUCGCCACACGAACGACGGAUCAUACAUACAAAUGAAGGUUCAAUUCUUCUCUCGUGUUCUUUGUAUCAAUCGUCCGUCGGAAGGAGUUUCCAAAUCGCCAUAUCUGUCUACACGUCUCUUCUUGCAGCGACUUGUACAUACUACGCCUUCAAAGCCAGAACACUUCCUGAGAACUUUAACGAAGCCAGGUACAUUGCGUUCUCAAUGUACAUUUUACUCCUUUCAUGUGUAGCAUACUUACCUAUUGACAUCGGCCUUAAGGGUUCCCAUGCAAUAAACUUGACAUGCGCAAUGAUACUUGUUAGUUCAUAUGGACUAUUAAUUUGCAUGUUCGGUCCAAAGAUUUACGUAAUUCUUCUCAAACCUGAACAAAAUAAUCACCAGGCCGUGGGUUCAGAGGUCUCGAACUACUCAUUUCGUGCGUCUUUUAAAGUUACCACAGCAGUGACACCUAUGGAACCGAAUGCCCCAAACAGCCAGAAAAUGUUGCAGCUGGAAAUUGCCCCGUCCACUGACUCAACAACCUAA